AUGAAGGGGGAUCGCCCUGGUCAGAUUAAGCGAGGCCCGUUGAAAGGGAAGGCUGGUGGGCCAGACCCGCCCAGGCCCGCGGAGAUAUCUGAGCAUGCGGGCCAGGUACCUGCUGCGCAACCAAAUGAUGAAAUAGUCAAGGCCCUUGUGUCUGCAAAUUCGGAAUCAGAGGAGGAAAGCCACUGCUUUGAAAUUAAAAGAAGGGCCCCAGCCUCUAGAUCGAAUGGGCCGAUUGCCCAGUCCAAGGGGAGGGUGAGCCAAAUUGUGGCCUCGAUUGAAUCAGGGCUGGCCAGUGAUGCUGCGGCCCAGCUCAGCUCAGCGGAGCAGAUGGGAUGUGAGAAUAAUGGAGUGAAGGAUCAGGCUAAGAUCCAGGAAGCUAGCCCAAAGCUGGAUGAAUAUGGGUCCAAUUUAUCGAACCCGGAUUUUGGGACACGUAAGCGUCCGCUGGAGGCUGUUGAGGGUGAUUUGGGUGACAUGCCCACACCAAAAAAACAAUUUGUUGAAGUUGCAGAAAAUCUGAAUAAGGUGGAGGAAGCCAGCCUCGAAUGGCCCCAGUCCGAUAAAUGA